AAACACAAUGACGAAAUAUCUCCUCGUCUUCUUCGCCCUCAUCCUCCUCGUUUCUCUCUCCUCCCAAACCGCCGACCCGAAAACCCCAAACCCGACCCGGACCCCAUCGCUGGCCCACAUCGAGCUGACCCGCUACGGCUUCCCCAUCGGGCUCCUCCCUUCCGCGGUCAAGAACUACACCGUCAACCCCGUCUCCGGCGACUUCGUCGUCGACUUCGGCGACGCGUGCAAGAUCACGCUCCCGCCGGACAACUACCUCGCCACGUAUUCCAAGAAAGUCACCGGCAAAAUCAACCACGGCCGGAUCGCCGAGAUCAACGGCAUCAGCGUAAGGGCGUUCUACCAGUGGUGGUCGAUCACCGGAAUCAGGUCCAGCGGCGAGAAUCUGGUGUUCGAGGUCGGCAUGGUCUCGGCGAAGUACCCGUCCAAGAACUUCAAUGACAGUCCGGCCUGCGAGGGCCGCCGCCGCCACUCCUCUUCUUAGCAGGGUUCUUCUACUUGGCUCCGCCCUCCAUAAAUUAGACUAUGUACGAUGUCCAGUUGUCAAAUACGAGGCUAGUGCUACUUAAGCAAAGGUGGAUUUCAAGCAUUCAUAUGAUCUCAGAACUGUACGAGGGCAGUAACGGCAUCCUAGCCGCUCUAUCUUAUAUGUAUAUAUUUCACUACUUUUAGUGUUGUAACCAUUUGAUGGUAAGAUGGUAAUUAGUUGUUCACAAUGAAACCAUUUGAGAUAUCAAUUUCAUGCAUUAUUGCCUUUAUUGAUCUUACAGUA